AGGGGUUAGUGAAAUUUGCGUACGGCGCUAAAGUGCGCUAGAUGCGCACAGCCUGUUUCGCAAAGCGAACGAAUUUAGCUUUCACAGAGACAGAGACAGAGACAGAGGGCGGCAGAGGCGCACUCCCCUCCCCCCCUCUCCAUCUCUUCCAUUCUUUCUUCUUCAGUGGUUGUUGUAUAUAUGAUUACAAUUCGACUUGUGUGACGCUUCGAAAACUGGUUCAUUUGUUGUAUGUAUUUUGUUGGUUUACUUCAUACGCAGCUCGACAGAUGCAGGGAAUGGAUUGAAGAGUGUUUUUGUCUUCUUGGAUUGCGUUCAAGUUUCCCGCUUUGUGUUGGGAUGAAAAUUUUCUCAAGAGUUUGCUUGUUUUUUAUGCAAUAAAGAUGAACACCAGGGUCCGGACAAAGCUGCAGAACAUGAAAGCUCCUAUGAAGCAUGAUAAGGAUAAGGUGGAAAUGCAGGGCACCAGAGGAAUGGAUGCCAAGAGAGCAACCGCAAAUAGACGAGGACCGAGCAGAGAUAGAAAAAUGGCCCUACAACAAGAUGUUGAUAAGCUAAAGAAGAAGCUUAGACACGAAGAGAAUGUCCACAGAGCUUUAGAGAGGGCCUUCAAUAGACCUUUGGGAGCUCUACCUCGCCUUCCUCCUUAUCUCCCUCCUUGUACAUUGGAGCUUCUUGCUGAAGUAGCUAUUCUGGAAGAGGAGGUUGUUCGCCUUGAGGAACAAGUUGUGCACUUUAGACAAGGUUUGUAUCAGGAAGCUGUUUACAUUUCAUCUUCCAAGAAGAACAUGGAGAGUUUGGCUGAUUUAUAUAAUCCUUAUCUGAUGAGAAACUCCAAAAAGGAUCAAACAAAGUUUUUAGUUCAAACUGUGGACAAUUCAGCCACAUCUGCAACCAGGGAUGCGCCUUCUCCACCUGCUGACAGGCGGGGAAAAGAGAAUCAGUCAUAUGCUAACUCUACAAAGAACAACAAGCGAGACCCAAAUUAUAAAGCCCAAAAAAUAUCAACUCCAGUGAAAAGACCUCCAAUAGAGCAUGGAUCAGCGGAGAAGCAUCUAGACUCUCAGAAAUUACAGCUAGAAAACAGAGUAGUAGACCAAGAAAAUGCAGAAACAAGAACUUCUCUCACUCCAGAUGAAAGACUAUCUGCAGAUGAUAAGCCAAAUAAAAUUUCUGAGGAUAUUUUGAGGUGCCUAUUUAGCAUUUUCUUAAGAAUGAGCACAUUGAAGAGCAGGGGUACAUCAGAAAAUUUACCUUCCCUCCCAUCAUUAGCUUCUCAUGGAAGUGGUGAAGAGACAGAGCUACAGGAUCCUUAUGGCAUUUGUUCAGAAUUUGGAAAGAGAGAUAUUGGUCCAUAUAAGCAUUUGUUUUCGAUUCAAGCUAGCUCAAUCAAUCUAAACCGGACGGCAAAUUCUUUGUUUCUUGUUCAUAGACUGAAGCGCCUCCUCGGGAAACUUGCCUCAGUUAACUUACAGGGCCUAACCCAUCAGGAGAAGCUUGCUUUCUGGAUCAACACCUAUAAUUCCUGCAUGAUGAAUGCAUUCCUGGAACAUGGAAUACCAGGGAAUCCAGAGAUGGUUGUUGAAUUGAUGAGGAAGGCAACAAUAAAUGUGGGGGGACACUUGCUAAACGCAAUAACUAUUGAACAUUUCAUCCUGAGGCUGCCUUAUCACAUAAAAUAUACCUUUCCGAAGGGUGCGAAAAACGAUGAGAUGACAGCAAGAAGCAUCUAUGGGUUGGAGUUAUCUGAACCAUUAGUGACAUUUGCACUCUCCUGUGGAAGCUGGUCCUCCCCUGCUGUGAGAGUGUAUACUGCAUCUCAGGUUGAGAAUGAACUGGAAGUUGCAAAAAGAGAGUACUUACAGGCUGCUGUGGGAAUCUCAACAACCAAGUUGUUUGCAAUCCCAAAGCUGUUGGAUUGGUAUCUACUUGACUUUGCAAAGGACUUUGAAUCAUUUCUUGAUUGGAUUUGCCUUCAGCUACCAAGUGAACUUGGCAAAGAAGCAAUCAAGUGCCUGGAAAGAGGAAACAGCGAGCCUCUUUCACAAUUUGUCCAAGUUAUCCCAUAUGAGUUCAGUUUCAGGUAUCUGCUGCACAUAAAAUAAAUUUUGCUUCAUUUAUCUUUGUCCAUUUCUAGGGCUCUGCGCUUAAUGGGAUUUGUACACACCUAUAGAAUACAGAGUAGAAGUGAAAGUAUAGUCUGUUCUCCAUUGUAAGUAGUUAUGUGAGAGGAGAUUUUUCUUCCACAAGGGGCUUCUGGUGUCACUGUCUAGGAGUUUUACAUGAAAGAGGCGAUUUCUCAAGCAUAAUUUCUCAUUAUUUUCCAUUCUUUGUAAAGCUCAAUACAAGUGGUCCUAAAUUCUUAUAUGAAAUUUGCUGACUAACAGAAGCAAAGUUGGAUUA